GCAAUACUGUUGAGCCGCACCUGUUGAGUGCUAACAUACCGCACGCUGUCCAUCAUCUCCUGUCAGUUAUUUUGCAUAGAUAUCGCCGUUGCUUCCGGACUUCUUUUUUUUUUUUUUUUUUACACACAUUCAGUCUUGUUAUGCAUAUAGUACUGCAAGUCGAAUUUACUUCCUUAUACACUCAGAUAGAGGAACUAAGCAGCUUUUUUUUUUUUUUGUCGCUGUCCUUGUCAACGCUCCCUUUUGCCCGGAGCUUUAUUUGACAUUUGUUAAAGGCAUGAUUAAAUAAAGCAUAAAUAAUUCGUUCGGCGUUUAAAGGAUCUGGUCAACGUCUAAGGUUCAAGAGAUGGCGCACUGGGGGAAGCAGGGAGAGAUAACAGAGUACAGGAAGAGUAUGAUCAAAAGGGAAAUGGAGAUGGGCAUGGUCAUGACGGUCUUUAGGCAAAAGGCAGAGAGGUUGACUGUUCAAGUCAUCAUGGAAACGCAGCAGGUGGCCUGGACACGCACCGCAGAGAAGACUGAUGGUGUCUUGGAUCUAUUUGAGAUCCGAGAGGUUCGUCCAGGGAGAAAUUCCAAAGACUUUGAGCGGUUCAAAGAUGGCAAGGAUAAACAUGACGACAAUACUUGUUUUACCAUCUUCUAUGGCUCACAGUUUGUUCUCAACACCUUGAGUCUGGGAGCUGAUUCUGUGGAAGAGGCAUGUAAAUGGCUGAUUGGACUUGAAAUGUUAAUUCAAGAAACACUGACUGCUCCUACUCCAGUUCUUAUUGAGAGCUGGCUCAGGAAGAAGAUGUAUUCAGUUAACCAGACAAAGACAAACAGCAUAUCCAUGAAGGAGCUAAAGACUCUUCUUCCUUUGCUCAACUACAAGCCCCCCAGUGCUCGCUCUCUGAAAGACAAAUUCAUGGAGGUGGGAGCAAAACAUGAUCGUUUGGACUUCGAGCAGUUUCAUAAAUUGUACAACCUGAUAAUGUUUGAACAAAAUGAGAUCCUUGAAGAAUUCAAAAAGGAUUGCUCUUUUAUUUUGGGUAAUACAGAUAAACCUGAUGCCUCGGUAGUUUUGCUCCAUGACUUCCAAAGGUUUCUCAUCUACCAGCAGAAGGAGUCAUGGGCUAGUGAUCUCAAUAAGGUUAGAGAGUUGAUGACUACUUUCAUUGAUGACACCAUGAGAAAAACCAACGACCCUGAGUUCACAGUCAGUGAGUUCCUCAACUUCCUGUUUUCCAAGGAGAACUGUCUGUGGGAUGAUAAAUUAUCAGAGAUUAACAACCAAGACAUGAACAACCCUUUGUCCCAUUACUGGAUCAAUUCAUCACAUAACACCUACCUGACAGGUGACCAGCUUCGUAGUGAGUCUUCAACAGAGGCUUAUGUGCGCUGUCUGCGCCUGGGAUGUCGCUGUGUUGAAUUGGAUUGCUGGGAAGGACCUGGAGAACCAAUCAUCUAUCAUGGUUGGACCAGGACAACCAAAAUCAAGUUUGAAGAUGUGGUUAAAGCAAUCAAUCAGCAUGCUUUUGUUACCUCGGAGUUCCCGGUUAUCCUGUCCAUAGAAGAGCAUUGCCCAUUGGAGCAGCAACGGCAAAUGGCCCGCAUCUUCAGAGAAGUUUUUGGAGACAAACUGCUUCUUGAGCCAGUGGAGCACAUGGCUGAGCAGCUACCAUCACCCACACACUUGAAGGGCAAAAUCAUCCUUAAACACAAGAAGCUCAGUGUUGAGGGGGGAGACACCAGCAAAGACUUCAAGGCGUGGCAGAAACAGGGUGACUUGGAGAUGUGGGACCCUGUCAACCAGCGGUGGAACAAGCACUACUGUGUGAUCUCUGAUGUCAAGCUGUACUACGCAGAGGAGUACGAGGAGGACAAGGAAGACCUCAGGAAGUACCAGGAUUUGCAUUGUUCUGAAACAUGGUUUCAUGGUGCCAUUAAAGAGGGUCGGCUGAUGGCGGAGCGACUGAUUCAUGAUUACUGUACAGAGACAAGAGGAAGAGAUGGCACUUUUUUGGUCCGACAGAGUGAUAGUGUUCCUACGGAUAUCACCCUCUCCUUCUGGCGCAGUGGGAGAGUCCAGCACUGCCGUAUUCGUUCUUUUUCAGAGGGACAAAACAUAUACUACUACCUUACAGCAAACCUACAAUUUCCCAGCGUGUAUGCUCUGAUACAGCACUAUAAAGAGAACCUGCUACACUGUCAAGACUUUGAGUUGCGGCUCACUGAUGCUGUACCACAUCCUAACCCACAUGAACAACAAGGGUGGUUCUACCCAAACUUGAGCAGAGGUGAGGCUGAAGAUCAUUUGCUUCGAAUUCCCAGAGAUGGAGCAUUCCUCAUCCGGCAGAGGGAGGGAGAACCAGACUCUUUUGCUAUCACGUUCAGAGGUGACGGUAAAGUGAAACACUGUCGGAUCCAGAAGGAAGGCAAUGUUUACCUGCUCGGUACAACAACUGAGUUUGAGAGCCUAGUGGAGAUGGUAAACUACUUUAAGAAGAAGCCACUAUAUCGCAAGACCAAGCUACGAUACCCAGUCACGCCCGAACUAGUGGAUCGCUUCAGCACAGAUAAAGACACUGCCUCGCUGUACGAAAUGAAGACAUAUGUGCAACCCAAUGAAAUUGAGUCAUCAUUGCCAAAGAAUACUGUUAGGGCUGUGUAUAGCUACCAGGCGACGAGGCCCGAUGAACUCACCUUCAGUAAAGGCGCUUUGAUACAUAAUGUAUCCAAGGACAAUGAUGGGUGGUGGAAAGGAGACCAUGGUGGAAAUGUUCAGCUCUUUUUCCCAUCCAAUUAUGUUGAAGAAGUGUCCAACAACACCAAACUUGAUUUUGGAAAACAGGAUAUAGAAGACAAUCCCUUAGGUGAACUCUGUAAAGGUGUGGUGGAUAUCUCUAAGUGCAACAUACAGAACUUAAAGAAUGGUAAAAACGGAAAGCUGCAUGUUCUGACACUGCAGAACAUGGAGCAGGAUGGUCUGCAUUUUGACUUGGCCGCAGACUCCUUGGAGGAGCUUUUUGAAUGGUACAAGGUGGCUUGGGGCAUCACUCAGAGAGAGAUGAGCAAGCAAUUCAGUCGGGAGCAAGAGAUCAGGCAGCAGGAAGAAGUGGAGAAAAAGGCAGAGGUUGCUAUGGAGAUGUCAGACCUGGUAGUCUACUGUCAGCCACGCAGCAAGGACAAGGACCGAUUUGACUACUACAACUGUAAAGAGGUCCGUUCUUUUGUAGAGAAUAAGACACCAGGAAAAAGCCUUUCCAUGGAUUUCUUGCAGUACAAUCACAAGGCUCUGAGUCGGAUUUACCCAAAAGGCCAGCGUGUGGAGUCUUCCAACUAUGAUCCCUACCCUCUAUGGGCACUUGGCUGUCACAUGCUGGCUCUUAACUUCCAGACGGCAGGAGCACCACCAGCACUGAGGAUACUUCUUCAGAGGCUCCUGGGGAACAAACUGUAUGUCAAGCCGUGGAAAUGUGAUUUCCAUGUCCCCUCUGUAAGCAUCUCAGGCCAAAUCAUUGCCAAAGGUCAGCACAAGCCUGACCCAAUUAAGAUUGAGUUGGUAGUCAAUUGGGAAACCACCAGCAACCGUAAGGAGCUCCAACAGUUCCUAGGCUUCCCCAAUUUUUACCGCCGCUUUAUCUGUGACGACAGUAAGGUCCCCUUGACUCGACUUAGCUCCGCCAAGUCCCCUUUACGUUAGACCGAGGAUGCCGACAGGGCUUUUACCAAACUGAAGUCCCUCUUUGAGCGCCAUAAGCCUCAAGCACCCUGAUCGUUCCCUUCGGGGAGGAUGCAUUGGACACUGGACACCUGAACCCAGACGUUGCACCCCUGUGCCUUUUUUCUCCUGCCAAAUCAGUCUGGCAGAGAAAUUAUCAUGAUAUGGGAAAUCGUGACUUACUGGCGUUGGUGUUGGCACUUCAGGAGUGGAGGUCCUGGUUGAAGGGUUCGGAAAUCCCCUUCCUCAUUUAGACUGAUCACAAAAAACUCUUGUACCUCCAGUCCACUCGACGUCUCAACCCUUGUCAAGCCUGUUGGUCGCUGUUCCUGAGCAGGUUUAACUUCUCCCUAUAUUACCGCUCAGAUUCCUGAAACCUUUAGCCAGAUGCUCUCACCAGGAUCCAUUCUUCUUCAUCCUUGAGUACGGAAGACCCGGAACUGAUUCUUCCUCCUGCCUGUGUUGUGGGGGCUACAACCUGGGACAUUGAGUCUGUAGUCAUAGGGGCCCAGAAAGAUGACCCAGGUCUGGGAACUGGCCCCCCAGAUCAAUUGUUUGUUCCCCCCGUAGCUCAUUUCCAAGUCCUCCAAUGGGGUCACUCCUCCAAAAUUACGCGUCACCCUGGAGUCCAAAGAACCCACAACUUCCUCCGUCAGCAUUUCUGGUGGCUCAGCAUAGCCCAGGAUACCAGAACGUUUGUGGCGGCCUGCUCAGUCUGUGCCUGAGGAAAGGCCUUCCAUCAACCUCCUGCUGGUCUGCUACACCCCCUUCCCAUUCCUAGCCGUCCUUGGUCUAACAUUGCUGUCGAUUUUGUCUCUGGGGUACCUUCCUCUGAAUACACUAUUAUUGAUCGUUUCUCCAAGUCUAACCAUUAUAUCCCCCUUCCCAAUCUUUGAAACCGCCAACCUUCUUAUUAACUAUGUAUUCAAGCUUCAUGGAAUCCAUCAAGGUAUUAAUUCAGAUCAUGGCCCACAAUUCUCCUCCCAAGUCUGGAGAGAUUUUUGUAAGGCGAUGGACGCAGCAGCCAGCCUCUUCUCUGGUUACCAUCCGAAGACCAACGGACAGACGGAACGGGCCAAGCGGGAUUUGGAGGCCGCUUUACUGCGUCGCUGCACACCAUCCGGUUUCUUGGAACCCAUUCCUCCCCUGGGUUGAAUAUGUCCAUAACUCCCUUUCCUGCCCAGUCUUCUCAAAACCUUCCUCUCCAAACAAAGUCACGUAAGCUCGCCCCCCGAUUUGUGGGGCCCUUUAUGAUUUCCAAGACCAUUAACCCUUCCUCUGUCUGCUUAAUCCUCUCGGCUUCUAUGAACAUCCACACCACCUACCAUGUGGCGACGACGACCACCCUGCUUUCACCGUUUCCAAGGUACUGAAUUUAAGGUUUCCAUCAUCUGGUCAAUGGGAGGGCUAUGGCCCCAAGGAGCAUUGAUGGAUCUCUCGUCAUAUCAUCCUGGACUCAUCGCUCCUUAGGGUUUCUACUAGGCAAAUCCUGGUAAAAGUGGACAGACGCCAGGAGGCAUCCGUUGAGGAGGGCAUACUGUGGUAUGUAGGCGCUGGCUUGCUUUUUAAUGCAUUUUGGUGGGUCAAGUUCCUGUGCCAUCUUGCUUGUUGUCAGUUGGUUUCUCAUUUCAGGCUGGGCAGGGCGGCUUCUGGAGGGAAUUCAUUCCUCCAGCUGAUCGGUAAUCAACUCCUCAGUUUAAGAUUCUGACUGAGCUACGUGCAGGUGCCAGAUGAUUCCUGCUCCCACGAGUGUGCCUCCCGACUGCUUGGUGCAGUGUCCUCGCCCAGCCUUACUCUGUGUUGUCUCUAUCCGUUCCUUGUUUCCUCAGGCGAUCCAUCAGCCUCCCUGCCUCAGUCAGAGGUUCACCCAACUCGCUGCCCACCUCUCAUUGCUCCCAGACUCUGGUCAUGUGUUCUCUGUGUAAUCAAUAAAAAAUACCUCAACUCGUACCCCA